AUGGUUCGUAUGGCUGUCUCGCUUUCUGUUGGAGCGAUUGUUUGUGCCUGUGCUCUAGUGCCUCUUGCUCUUUUCAAUGCCAUUUUCACUCUGAAAGGAAAUGAAAAAGGAAUUUGUCCGGCAAUGAUCGCUCAACUUUGGCGACGAGUUGAUGAGCUCAAAUUCGAGAUGAACACAAGGAAGCGAUUCAAAAGACAAAUGCAAAAUCUCGUCCUUCUAGAUUCCCCCCUUUUUUUACUUUCAGCUUGCUGCGUCGGUUUACCAGGUCCACCGGGUGAAUCGGGACAAGAUGGCAUCGAUGGUGAUGAUGGGAGUCCGGGAUCCGACGGUUCACCAGGUCGUCCAGCUGAAGGAGAUCCGAGAACGACAUGCGAGCGCCCGUGUCCUCAAGGAGAGCCCGGAGACCCAGGGCCAGAGGGUCCACGAGGAGCACGAGGCCGCAAGGGAUAUGAGGGAAAACCAGGUCGACCCUCUCCACCAAGUCCACAAGGAGAACCAGGACGAUCCGGGCCUAAAGGAUUCCAGGGCCCACUAGGAGCUCGUGGAGAACCAGGAGAACCGGGAAAGAUUUAUGAAAUGUCUGGUCCUCCAGGGAAAGACGGAGCUGUUGGUUUGCGGGGACAACCAGGAGAAAAGGGAACGCCAGGGAAAAACGGGAUACCUGGUUCACCAGGUCAACCAGGUGAUCAGGGUCAAGACGGGAAUCGAGGAGUGCAAGGGAAACGCGGUUUACUCGGAGAAAGAGGUCCAAAAGGUCCACCAGGACAUCCGUGGCCUUGUUCUGAAUGUCCUCCACCUGUCACAGCUCCUGGCUACUAUGAAACUGGUUUUAAAGAGAAUGAGGAUCGUAAAAAGAAAAAGAAAAAGAAAAGAAUGUUUGUA